AUGUCCUCUGAGGCUCCGCGACCACUCACCCCCCCUCCACUCAAGUCUCCGGGAUCACCCUGCUCUCCGGAGCUGCUGCGGCCUCCAGCCUGCAGACACAGAGAGCGCUCGCCAUCUCCGAUGAGAGGCCUCAUCCCCAGCCCGCUGCCCACGCGCCGCAACAGGACCUGCUCUGCGUCAGCCCGGGCAGCCGAGGGCCCCAUGUUUCGUGGGGUGUGUAAAUGCUUCUCCCGCUCCAAAGGCCAUGGCUUCAUCACGCCAUCGGAUGGUGGCAAAGACAUCUUUGUCCACAUCUCUGACAUCGAUGGCGAGUAUGUCCCAGUGGAGGGUGACGAGGUGAGCUACAAAAUGUGCACCAUUCCUCCCAAAAACGAGAAGGUCCAGGCUGUGGAGGUCACCAUCACCCAUCUGAAACCAGGGAGCAAGCACGAGACCUGGAGUGGCCAUGUCAUCAGCCAAUGA